AUGAAAGAAUCUCUUGAACGAGUAAAUAUUGUUUUGAAUCCAGACGUCAAGUAUUGGGCACAAUUACUUCCUUGGAUAGCAAAGACGGAUGGCUGGAUGUUCAACGUUGAGGACUAUUCUUCCUGGGCAAGCACCUUUGAGAAAUUUUGGUGGUACUUUGCCAUUGAUAAAGAAACUGACGAGCCUGUUGGAAGCGUUACACUUUCCUUCGAACGUGGUACAGCAGCGAAUGGGGAAGAAGAUGUCUAUUGCGUUGGCAUAUACUAUGUACGCGAGGGAUGGAGAGGUACAGGAAUUGGUACCGUUUUGUUCAACAAGGUCAUGGCAAUUGCUGGAGAGAACAAUAAGGUUUUACAUGGAGUUAUUGAGAUGGCUCCUCGAUAUGCGGCUAAAUACGGAUUUAAUAAGAUGCCCAAUUAUACCCAUGACAAUGCUUUGGUGCCAACCAAGAACAUCAUUAUGCCGAAACCCGAUCCGCAAUAUACAAUCAAGGAUUUGAAAGACGUGGAUGAAGCUAAAGUUAUCGCUUACGAUGCUGCUAUUAGCCGACGUAACCGAGGAAAAUUUCUUCUCAAGUUUAUGACAGCUGGAGAAUGCUAUCCAAAGGUGGCACUAGAUAGUGCUGGAAACGUGGUUGGGCUAUGUUCUAUUCGUAAUGUACCGCUUUGCGAUAAUACUUUAUCUAUCGGACCAUUUUUUACCGACAAUGAGGCGAUUGCCAGGACUUUAUUGGCCGAAACUUUAGAGUCCAUACCAGAUAUCGAGAAGUUCAGCAAACUUGAUUGCCUUGUUCCAGCAUUCAAUACGAAGGCCAUAGAGUAUGUGAACGAUAUUGACGCUGUGCAAUUUGGCGAAAGAUUCCAUAAUUACAGCUUUUUCAAAGCAAUUGGUGGAGAGCAUACGAAGUUUGAACAGUUCACACAGUGUGCCUUUACAAACAAACUGCUUCCAACAGGCGAUGAAAGAGUCUUUGGAGUUUUAGAAUGUUCUAGUAGUUUUAUUUGA